GCAACUUUCUCAGAAGCACCACAGUGGACUUGUUCUCAAGUCUGAUUGGCCAGAUCAGGGAAAUAUGCACUGUCCUGAACCAAUCACUGGUGAUGAAAGGACCUGCCACCGGGGUUCUGCUACUACACAGGAUGAAGAGAGGUGCUCUGAGGUCGCUUGUGGAUGCACGUGGGGUAAGGAGAAGAGUCCAGGAGGGGUCGGACGGACUUGGGCGGGUCUUUCCUGGAACGAGGGCCAAAGAGUCGCAGCGGCGGCCCAGAUGCAGAGGACCACAGCGACACCUGGCUCUUCUUCAAGCGGCGUCCGGAGGCGGCCUUCCAGCGACUCAAAGGAGUUUAAGGGGACCUGCAGGGGCGUGGCGGGGGCGUAGCUGCGCGCCGACUGCGUGAGGUCGAAGGGCACGCAGUGUCGGCGUCAUGGCGGCCUCCGUGCAAGGCUCUGCUUGGGGACCGUUGCGGCUUGGCAUCCCCGGCCUGUGCUGCCGCCGGCCGCCUCUGGGUCUGUACGCGCGCGUGCGGCGGCUGCCCGGGCCGGAGGUGUCUGGGCGGAGCGUGGCUGCGGCCAGCGGACCGGGCAUCUGGGGCACUGAGCACUACUGCCUGGAGCUGCUGCGGAAACGGGAUUAUGAAGGUUAUUUAUGCUCCCUGCUGCUCCCUGCAGAAUCCCGAAGCUCUGUUUUUGCACUGAGGGCUUUUAAUGUGGAACUGGCUCAGGUUAAAGACUCAGUCUCUGAGAAAACAAUUGGACUGAUGCGAAUACAGUUUUGGAAAAAAACUGUGGAAGAUAUAUACUGUGACAAACCACCACAUCAGCCUGUGGCCAUUGAACUAUGGAAGGCUGUUAAAAGACAUAAUCUGACUAAAAGAUGGCUUAUGAAAAUCAUUGAUGAAAGAGAAAAAAAUCUAGAUGAUAAAGCAUAUCGUAAUAUCAAGGAACUGGAAAAUUAUGCUGAAAACACACAGAGCUCUCUUCUUUACUUAACACUAGAAAUAUUGGGUAUAAAGGACGUUCAUGCAGAUCAUGCUGCAAGUCAUAUUGGAAAAGCACAAGGCAUUGUCACUUGCUUGAGAGCAACACCGUAUCAUGGGAGCAGAAGAAAGGUGUUCCUUCCCAUGGAUAUUUGUAUGCUGCAUGGUGUUUCACAAGAGGACAUUCUACGGAGGAACCGAGAUAAAAAUGUGAGAGAUGUAAUAUAUGACAUUGCCAGUCAGGCACACUUGCACCUAAAGCAUGCUAGGUCCUUUCACAAAAGUGUUCCUGUGAAAGCAUUUCCUGCUUUUCUUCAGACGGUUUCUCUAGAGGACUUUCUAAAGAAAAUUCGGCGAGUGGAUUUUGAUAUAUUCCACCCAUCUUUACAGCAGAAGAAUACAUUACUUCCAUUAUAUUUGUAUAUUCAGUCAUGGAGAAAAAUAUAUUAAAAUAAUUUCAUGGCACUGA